CUGCUCAAUUUCGUCGACAGAGUAGUCAGCGUAGUCAAAGGCCUCUUCCGCGGGGCCCACCGAUCUCACGGUCUGUCCUCUCCCCCCUCCACAUCUCCGAGUCUCUUCCAACCAUGGCCACCGCCGCCGCUUCGCCGCCGCCGACCGCCACCGAGGACAACGUCCGCCUCCUUCUCCCUGGAUUUCUCUCCCCCGAGACCUGCAAGGAGCUGGAGUUCGUGCACCGGAGCUGCGGGACGGCGGGGUACCGGCCUUCGGUGGUGUCUACAUCGCUGCCGCAUCUGGCUGCCACCGGCUGCGGCCACCUACUCCUCCCCUUCGUGCCCAUCCGCGAGCGACUUCGCGACGCCGUCGAGUCCUUCUUCUCCUGCCACUUCGACCUCUUCGUCGAGUUCACCGGACUAGUCAGUUGGUGCAAGGGGGCUUCUAUUGGAUGGCACAGUGACGACAACAAACCUUAUCUUAGGCAAAGAGCCUUCACGGCUGUGUGCUACUUGAACAAUCAUGGAAAGGACUUUAAGGGUGGACUGUUGAAGUUUCAGGAUGGUGAACCCUCCUCUGUUAUUCCAGUUGCUGGUGAUGCUGUCAUCUACACUGCUGAUAAUCGUAAUGUCCAUUGUGUAGAUGAGGUAACUGAGGGUGAAAGGCUGACACUUACUCUUUGGUUCACUAGAGAUAGUUCUUUUGAUGAGGAUCCAAAGCUCCUUAGUUUUCUAUCCCAGACAUCACUGAGCUAUGAGCCAGCUGAUCAGAACUCUUACAUUCCUUUGCCAGCCUCAGAUAACAUGUACUGGUUUUCCUACGAUCAGUCUGGCUUUGACAUACGAUGUGCUAGAAUACACAUUCUUGGGUUUAGUUUUCGUGCAAGCAGCGAUGAAGACAGCAAGAGUACAUGUGCUGCACCAGCUGAUGACCCCAUAGAGUUGCUUGGGAAGCCACUGCGAAUUGGGAGGGCAGAUGAUGUCUUUGGGAAGAUAUUUGCCAACAGCUUGCACGCUCUUCAGGUGGUGCAAUUUUACUACUGGAAAGCACCUGAGCUGGCAGCAAGGAGAAACCAGACUACUGGUGGUUCAGAAACAGUUUGCUACCCUACUAUACAAGUACAGCAAUCAAGUGGAACGGAACUUCCAUUACCGUGUAACCAUGGACUUGCACAAACCAUAUUUGGAUCAUAUAGCAGUGUGGAUUCUGUUAUUGAAUGGGAUGAUGUUGUGUUAGCACUUGAUAUGUGGGAGAAUUAUUCAGAAGAAUUGAGGAGAAAGUUGUCGAUAUUCUUGCCAAAUUGGCUGUCCAACGGAACCAUUUUUGUUGUAGAUCCCUCCGAGCCCACCCAGGUAUGUGGUGAAGGGAACUAAACACUGCCCUUAUAAAAAUUAAAAUUAUAGUAACAUAACAAUGGCGUUAGGUAGCAUUACGUCUGAUGUGGCCGUGGAGAGUUUUGGAUUUAACUGUUGCUCAUUGGGGUAAUUUCUAAGAUGGAUUCGCUGGUAUUAAAACAUUAUGGAAGACCGUUCCUUGAUAUAUGUAUUUCAGACAGCUUUCAUGUGGCUUAGUAUAGACCUAUUCUGUUUUAUAGAACGUUCUAUCUGCUGUUAGCCUGUUACCUCUCAAGCUGGUUGCCAUUUUCUUGGUUGUCGAGUUUUUGCCAGAGUUAUUCUGGUACUUUAGUUUGCAUGUCUGGAAGUGAUAUUUUGUUGGCAACAUUUGUCCAGUUUUUGACACAAAGUUAUUCUGGUACUUGUAAUUUGCAUGCCUGAAGUAAUAUUUUCUUGGCAACUAUUUGUGUCAUGGAACACUUGAAAAUGCAGUUAGGGGCCUCUGCAAUCUGAGUACCCAAACUUAAUGCAUGACCUGUUAAGGGGAUCUCUCUGAUGGUCUGAAACAUUGUGGUAGACCAUCCAUUGGUUAAUUUAAACUUGUUUAAUUGAUUCUUGAAAAUUUGAAAUAUCAGCUCAUCAGAUCCCCAUGCAUUCUCUCUUCCACAAACAAA